CGUUUCCGCUGCGAGGACUGUUUUUCUGGCUCUGGGUGUGAAGGAGGAGAAUUCCUGUUUCUGAGUUUUAGAGGUAGAAUCUACAGUAAUGGCGGCUUCCCCUCAGAAAUCUCCUUCAUCCCCAAAAUCUCCGACCCCCAUCUCUCCCUCCUCCAGGAAGAAGGAUGACUCUUUUCUCGGGAAACUCGGAGGAACUCUGGCCAGAAGAAAAAAAGCGAAAGAAGUGUCGGAGCUGCAGGAGGAGGGGAUGAACGCCAUAAACCUGCCCCUGAGCCCCACUCCAUACGAGCUGCAUCCAGAGGACACCAUGCUGGAGGAGAACGAGGUACGCACCAUGGUGGACCCCAACUCCAAGAACGACCGCAAACUUCAGGAGCUGAUCAAGGUGCUUAUUGACUGGAUCAACGACGUGCUGGUGGGUGAAAGAAUCAUUGUGAAGGACCUGGCAGAGGAUUUAUAUGAUGGGCAGGUUCUGCAGAAGCUCUUUGAGAAGCUGGAGGGUGAGAAGCUGAACGUGGCAGAAGUGACGCAGUCUGAGAUCGCCCAGAAGCAGAAGCUGCAGACAGUUCUGGAGCGCAUCAAUGAUGCUCUAAAAGUCUCCACCAGGAACACUAAGUGGAACGUGGACUCGGUUCAUGCUAAAAGCAUGGUGGCCAUUCUGCACCUGCUGGUGGCGCUGUCUCAGCACUUCAGAGCUCCAAUCCGCCUGCCUGACCAUGUGUCCAUUCAGGUGGUGGUGGUUCAGAAACGAGAGGGAAUCCUUCAGUCCCGUCAGAUUCAGGAGGAGAUCACUGGCAAUACUGAGGCAUUAUCUGGCAGACAUGAACGUGAUGCUUUCGACACCCUGUUUGACCACGCCCCUGACAAGCUGAGCGUGGUGAAGAAGACUCUCAUCACCUUUGUCAACAAACAUCUGAAUAAGCUGAAUCUGGAAGUGGCUGAACUGGACACUCAGUUUGCAGAUGGUGUGUACCUGGUGCUUCUGAUGGGACUCCUGGAGGGCUACUUUGUUCCUCUCUACAAUUUCUUCCUCACUCCUGAAAACUUUGAACAAAAGGUGCAUAACGUGUCCUUCGCCUUCGAGCUGAUGCAGGAUGGUGGACUGGAAAGACCCAAACCCAGACCUGAAGAUAUCGUCAACUGCGACCUGAAGUCCACGCUUCGCGUUCUCUACAACCUUUUCACCAGAUACAGGCAUGUGGAGUGACUGGGCUAUGAGCAGGACCACUGAGGGGGGACACUGUCGGGACCACUGGCAACUUUGAGGAACCUCUGUGUUAACGAUGCUGUGGGGCUUUACUGUAGAGCACUGCAGUUCUGUGGCGUUCAUGACUACAGAACACUUUUAAUAUGCAGAACACUUCAGUACUGUGCGUGUGUGUGUCUGUGUGUGUGUCUGUGUGUGUGUCUGUGUGUGUGAACUGUAUGAUAUCUCCAAAACAUUUCCUUAAAAUACAGAUUUUUUUUUAGCGAUGCUAUAUAAAGAACCACUUUUGGUUCCAUAAAAUCACAAAUAAUCUGAACGUGCUACAAAGAAUCAUUGUUUUUCAAGAGCUGUAGCUAUGAAGAACAUUUCAGUUGUUAAGAAACCUGUAAAUUGACUAAUUUAAUCCUUAUUUCGAGAUGCAAAAUUGGUUUCCGUGGAACCAAUUUUGUUUAUCCGAUCACAUAUCUCAAAUAAAACCUUUAUAAAAAGGGUGAUACAGAGGGUUAUGUGGGAAGGGUUCCACAAAGAGCCAUUUUUGUUUAACAGCUGUUUGUAUGAAGCAGGGUUGCACAAAAUAUAUAUAUAUAUAUUUAAUUUGAGCAUUAUUCUAAUGUGUUCGUCAACAUAUUCCCAUCACAGGUCACAUUAAAUAACACUAACAAGUCAAAUUAAAUAAUAAACAUCAUUCUACAACUUUCUUGAUAUAAUAUAAAAUCAUUGAAUCAUGUAUUUACUCCAGUCUUGGCUACACAGGUUGCUUUAUUAAUAUCAUGACGUAUUAGGGUAUUUUAUAGACCCCACUGUAUUAUAAGGCACAGUAUUAAUAAACAUGAACAUCUGAUAUCUGGUCAAAUGAGGACUCUAUGUUAAUCUACACAGAUUUCGUUUAUGAAAACUGUUUAUUUGGGUCAGUAAAGCCCUUCUGUUUAUUUACAGGAAGCUUAGAUUUUCAAAUAUUGUUGGUGAACAGUGCAACACUGAGGAAACCUGAGUGUUCCAGUAACCCAGGGUGCUAUCAGCUAGCACAAAAGAGCUAGCCCUGCAGUUAGCGGCUAAUGCUUAUACUGCUCCAGUCUCAGUGCUGGAGAAACAUCACUGAAACUCCUGUAUAAAGCUGUAUUCAGCGGAGUGUCUUUACUGCUCCUUAAUACCUGACUGGCAAAAUUCAUACAUAAGGUGUACAUAGGUGCACUGAUGAUUUUUGGGAAAAUAAAAGGAUUUUAAGUGUGUCUUAUAGUGUGAAAAAUACGGUAGAUUAUUGACAUCUGGAGAACCUGCUAUAAAUUCCUGUAAUUUUCAAAAUAUCCUACUAUAAUCAUAUGUAGCAGAACAACAAAAUGUGUAUAUAUUUGUGCAGCCCUAGUAUGAACAACAUUUACAUUGGUAAAGAAAUGUUACAUUGACUCUUUUUUACACCUUUAAAAAAGGCUUUUCACACAUACACCUGCUUCACAAAUACACCUCCUUUUAUUAAAUGUUUCUAAUGGAACCAAACCUGGUGUUUUUAUGGAGAAAAAAAACCUUUGUAGCGCCUGUAAUUUAAUCACCUGUAUUGUUAAUUGAGUGUAGUAUUGGGAUUAUAUCACAACAGGCUGUGAUUGGGAGGAUAUUAAAACACAGUAUGGAGAGGCAGUAUUGUAGCAUUGCUAAACACUACGUUAUGUUGAGAAACACUAAUUAUUUGAACUGUGAUUGGUCAGGAUGCUCACAGAGGAUGGUUAGAGGAUUAGCUUUUUAAUUUAGCCUUCUUUAGAAUGAAAAGCCAGUGUUCUAAUAAUGAUUACUGUGUGUGUGUGUAUGUGUGUGUGUGUGUGUGAGAGAGAGAGAAAGAGAGAGAGAGAGAGAGCUCUGUUUAUUACACCCAUGUAAAAGCUUUAUUUUUCCUGUGUGAUGACCUGACUGAACUUGUGGAUGUUGUCAGGAUUUUUAUUUUUUUUGUCUCUUCUUUAUUCCAAAGUGCCUGAAAUAUUGUUCCUGACCAAUUGAAACUUUCCGUUUUUAUUGUAUUCUUGUUCUAACACUGUUUAAAAAAAAUAAUUAUCAAUGCAAUCCAAUAUCCAGUAGUGUAACUACAUGGAUGUACAGUUCUGUGCAAAUCAGACUACACACACUUCGUUAUUUGACCUGUUCCAUUCAGAACAUGCUAUUCAAUUUUUUGCCAUUAGAAAAUAAUGUCUUUAAAAAGCUACUUUUUAACAGUGACUGAACCAGAAUCAUCAAUCUCUCAAUGUAAUAUCAAUUUUACCUCUUGCAGCUUCUAUUCUGUAGGAAACACCAACUUCUCCAUAUGUCCUAAAACAAACAUAAGAAAACAUUUAAAGCAUAUUAUUUGAGUUGGGAUGUUUUGAUGGUUUUUACUUGCUUUUAAACAUUUUUAACACUACAGUUUUGGGUAAAUCUACUUUCUAACGCUUAUUGUUUUGAGAAUGAUUGAAUAACUUGUGCUUAAUUGCUGUUUUUGAUAGGAAGCUGAGUAAAGGGGUCAUCUUUGAUGACUUUUGCACAUCACUGUACAUCAGAGCUGGGAGAUGUUUUGUAUUAUCACUGUUCGUAUAUUAUAGACUGUAACCCUACAUCCUGCCCUAUUUUUAAUUAAUAGACUUAUAUAUGAAUAGAAUAUGUUCUAGCUGUAUGAUACAAAUAUAAGUGUCUUAACCUCUGACUGUAUAUGAGCAUGGACGCCAUGGUUCCUUUCCCUUCUGUUCUAUAGAAAUGACUUUUUGUAGGCCUGACCGCUUUUGCCAGGCCAAGUGUCCCAGACUGCCUUCAUUGAGUUUACCUUGCAGCCUAAACGACCAGAAGCAGGCAGGUUUUUCCACUAAAUAUCAAGAAAAUUGUCCUGUUCAGAGUCAUGUUUCAGCAUUAACAUUUUAAUGCAGUUUAUGCAUUCAUAAAUCAUACUAAAUUAUUUACAUAUCCAUACAUUUAUAGCUACUAUGGUCCAGUUUAACCCCAAGCUACUGCAAAAGAGUCAGCAUGAGCCAGUGACAAUUAUUUUUAUUUAUUUUUUCUAUUUGUUUCCCCAAUUUACACGGUCAAUUACGCAACCCACUCCUUAAGACUACCCCGAUCACUAGUGUACACCAACACCAGUGUGAACACUCGCACAUGCCUCCUCCGACACAUGUGAAAUCAGACUCCGCCUCUUUUCGAACUGCUGCUGAUGCAGCAUUGCCGUGUCGCAUCUUAGCACACUCGGAGGAAAGCGCAGCGACUCGGUUCUGAUACAUCAGCUCACAGACGCAGCCUUGUGCUGAUUGAUAUUACCCUGUGGAGUGAUGUGGUGAAAGAGCUCCAUCUGCCCACCCAGAGAGAGCAAAGCAAAUUGUGCUCUCUCAGGGCUCUGGCAGCUGAUUGCAAGCUACAGGGAUAGAAUUCGAACUGGGGAUCUCCUGAUCAUAGUGGCACCACUCAGAGCCCAGGAUAGUGGCAAUUUAAAGAAAGAAAAAUCAUGUUUUAAACUAUAUUUUGACUGUUCUGAGAACCUUGGCAUGUCUAACUACACUAACAAAAAUUAAAUCACAUUGGCCAUUUUACGUUAACAGCAGUCUUACUAGAAAAAACGGCAAAGUACUUCAUAUACAGUGUGUUGCCAUUAAAACAAAUACAUAUAAGGCUGGGCGGAGUUACACUACGUCUACUGCAACCAGUCAGCAGAGGCGUUAGAUUGUGUUGGCUAAUCUUUUCAGAGCUGUUUUAUACAGUCAUUGGUCUUAACCUAAUCUUAACUCAUUUGUUUUCUUGUAUUUAAGUGCCAUAUUCACUGCUUACUAACUGUAAUGCAUUUAAAUUACAGUCAGAAAUUGCUCCUCGAGUUUGGAGCGAAGACACUCAUAAACCUUGAGGUCAUUUCUUCAGUGGCUUUAUUGCACACGGCGGAUUAAUUUUUCAGUAAUAGCAGCAAUCUCCUAAUUUUAACCUUGCUUUAAAUUGGCGUCUGAUUCUAAGAGUUAUCUUUUGAAAAAAAUAAGCCACAGAGAGAGAUGCUUUUAUGAGUGCAUAGAAAUCCAUUCCAUCUGUCCACUUUACACACAAGGUCUCAGGCCUCAAUAAAGCCGACUGAAUCAUC